GACAUGAUCCGGCAACGUGCGAGCGAAACCUUUCUCCAGUAAUAUCGGCAGGUUAUGUAUGAGCGAAAAAAAGUCGAGAAAUAUUUAUCACGCCGCUAAUCUUCGAAGAAGUGCGAAAAAUCUCUACUCCGGAAAGAUACCGGGAAAACGGCAGCCAACUAUGUACGUUCGACAGUGAGGCCGAAGUGUGGUUUUCGGAGAGAAACAAGUUUGACAAGAGAACAAAGAAAAAAUGGAUCUACCAGCUACGCAGGCUAUGAGCGAGGAUGAAUUUCCAGCUACCCAGCAGGUCGUGAACAAUGAGAAGGAGGAAAAAACUUUGGUGGGCACACUGCUAAUUAACAAGCAAACCUAUUCCAUUUUUUCCGGACUCACCAAAAUUGGCAGACAUCCUAAUUGCGAAAUCGUGCUUAACAGCGAGACGGUUUCUAAAAUACAUGCAGAAAUUGAAGCAACAUCUCCUAACAGGCCUGUUUUUAUAAAAGAUCUUAAAUCAUCAAAUCUGACAAGGAUUAACAGAGGAAAAUUAAGGCCAUAUUCUUUAUAUCAAGUAACUGAUGGGAAUGAGUUGAUAUUUGGAAAUGUUAUAGCAAUAUUUAAACUGUAUCAACCAAUUGAUGAUUCCUUAGUAUCGUGUACACCUCAAGUCAACCGAAAACUGAAAGCAAUCAUACCUGGCACGCCUGACUCCUCAAUGAAUACAUCAUCUGCAUCUGAAAGUGAUAACUCCAUUAUACCUGGCACACAAACGGAUAAGAUUGAUUCUAACUUCCGACUUCCUGGAAUUCCAGUCAGAUCUUCCAGAAGUGAUGAACAUAGAAGCCCAAGAGUUCCAGCAUUUACUCUCGACGAUCUUCCAUCGCCAUUGUCUAAAGAAAAAAAAAGGCAUGAUGACAUUUGCGAAGCUAAAACUCAAAGACCUUCUACAAGUAAUGAAACAGAAGGUCAUGAUAGUAGUGAUGAUAUUUACACUGCUGCAACUCAAAAAGCUUCAAAAAUUGUCAAACCUGUCACUUCAGAUGAGAACAUAUACGAUAUGGCAACGCAAAGGCCAAUUGAUUCUGAUGAAGGAACUGAUGAGUUAGAAAAUGUAACGACUCAACGACUAAACUAUAAGUAUCCACAAUCGAGCAAAGUAACAGACAAUCAAUCUAUUAAUGAUCUUGAAACACAACCAUUUGAUGCUGAAAAAUUGAAUUCAGUUAAAAGAAAGUCUCUUGACGCGUCUAUAUACAGUGCUUUAACUCAGAAAAACGUACCCGAUAAUUCAGACAACGAAUCUAUUGAAGAUCUUGAAACACAGCAAUUUAAUCUCGCAAAUAAUGUAUCAAUUCACAGCGCUGCAACGCAGAAAAAUGAUUAUACUAAGUCAAAUAGUAAAUCAAUUGAAGAUCUGGAAACUCAAGCAUUUGAUACCCGAAAAUCAAGUGUUUUUAAUGGGGAUUUAAAUGAUGUGUCUAUCCAUAGCGCACCAACUCAGAAAAACGUUUGCAAUGAACCAACUGAAACUAUUGAGGAUUUGGAAACUCAACAAGUAGACAUGAGAAAAUCGAACAGUUCUAACAAUAGUUCACAUGAUGUAUCAAUUCAUAGUGCUGCUACGCAAAAAAAUGUUUCUAAAGACUUGAGCAAAUCUAUGGAAAACUUAGAAACUCAGCAGUUUGACUUGCAAAAAAAGGCGUUGAAAAGAGAAUCUUAUGAUGAUUCUAUCUACAGUGCCACAACACAGAAAGUUAAUAAUGAGGCUCCGCAUGAAUUUAUAGAAAAUGUAGAAACACAAAAAUUUGACGCUAAUAAACCAGAAAAGUUCGUAGUACCCAGUCCGUUUCAAAGGGAAUGUAAUAAGUCACUCGAUGUUUCCGAAACAGAAAGAUGUAUACCUGUAGAUAAUAUUCUCGAAUCUAUAGAAAAUAUGGAAACACAACACUUUGUGACCACCACUACAUCUGAAACAUCUACUUCAAAUAAAGUAACCGAUGAGUCCAUUCAUGCAGCCGAGAUUCUCAAGCUUAGAUCUGCCGAGCCAAACAAUGAAUCCAUAGAUAAUUUAGAAACAGAACAAUUUAUCAACAAAACAACAAAUGAAAUAAUUGAUGAAUCCACAGAAUCAAUGCAUCUUGUUGAUGAAAGUCCAAGAAUUUCUAGUUUAUCCUUUACAUCUCAAAAUACAUCACCCGUAGAUCUAAAGGAUACUAAAGAAUCAUCAUCUAACGCUGGUAUUCAAAGAAUAGAACAAGAAAAUGAGCAAAAUAAUACUAGUGAAAACCCAAAUAAUUCCAAUUUACAAUUUAAAGAGCCGUUAGUGUCUUCAUCUAUUACAUAUAGUAAUACAACCAAUACAAUAAAUGAUAAAGAAAUCAGUGUAUCAAAAAGUGUUGGAAACAAUGAGGAAGAAAAGAGUAUAUUAGAAGGAGAGAACGAAGAAGAAAUGUUUUCGCAAAAUUUAAUUGAAGAUUGUCCAUUUGCUUUCCUUCCUGAAGAAUCAGUUAGUAAUAAAAACCAAUCAUCUACUAUAUCUCAAAUUGAAGAAAAAACUAAAAUAAAAGAGAACAAAAUAAUUAAUGGUAGCAUCUUUAAUGCUUCUACAAAUACUGAAAUCCAUAAGUCUGAAGCAGCUGCAAGUAAAUCUCACGAUAUUAUUAACGAAAGUGACUCUGAAACUGAUGAAGAGGGUGUCUUCACCAAUCAGUCAUCCAACGAAGAUAAAUGUAAUCAAUCUAGUUCUAAGUAUACCUCAAAAACCGGGAAAGACGCCGUACCUAACGAAGCAGAUUCCGAAACAGAUGAAGAAGGUGCUUUCUCUAAUCACUUAUCUAAUCAAAGCGAAGGCGAUGUUAAAAAUAGUAAACAGAAUAAUGAUAAAAUUAGAGAAAAUGAUUCGGAAACUGAUGAAGAAGGUGUAUUUUCAGAUCGUAUGGUUAAAGAAAAGAAAAACCAAUCUUCUUUAUCUAAAAAAGACAAUAAUGUUGACAGUGAUGAAGAUAUUUUUGACAAUAUACCUGAUGACGAUGGAAAAACUGAACUUAACGAAUCAGUAAUUUUAUCAUCUAAACCUGAUAGUUUAAUUCAUCAAGAUUUGAUAUUUGAUGAUAACUGUGAAGAAAAAAGCACUAUCAUUAAAAAAUCUCAUACAGCUAAUACAAAGUCAUUUGAGGAUAACAAAAUCAAUGAUAUUGAAGUUGACGAUCUUGCUUCUACACAGUUAAUUAACACUGGCAUGACUGAUAACUUUUUAGCAUCAACGCAAGUAAUAUCUAAAGAAAAAGAUUCGGCGAAAAAGACUGGUGAAAAUUUUGAUGAUCUUGAAUUAGUACCGACUCAAAAAAUCGUGGACACCCAAUAUACGGAAUCGCAGUUUCCUGCGCAGAAUAGUAGUAGACGAUCCAAUGAUCGCUGGAAUACAAAUAGUACUAUUGACUUAGCACCGACCCAAAAACUUACAGACACGCAAUUGUGUACGGAAUCUCAAUUUGCUACUUCAAUUAACAAACAAUUAAACGAUUGUAGCAAUGCAGUAAAUAAACUUGACUUGGCGUCGACCCAAAUUAUUACAGAGACGCAAUCUUGUACAGAAUCUCAAUUCGCUAAACCAGUUGGCAAACAAUUAAAUGAUAAAUGUAACACAGAAAAGAAAGCUGUCGUUGCAGAGACGGCACCUUGCACGGAACUUCAAUUAGCUACAGAAAUUAAUGAUGAACUACCAAACGAUCUAAUAAACAGAAACGCUGACAUUGAAGAUUUAGAAUGUAAAAAUGCUCCAACUAAAGAUAGCAAUGAUUUAGAACAGAAGUUGUCACUUAGCCAAUCAAAACGACAACUAGAAGAAUUAGAAAUUACUUGUAACAAAAAAGUGAAGACUACUGAUGAUGCACAGAAUGUACAAUCAGACCUGUUUGAUAAUGUAGAAAAAGAUUUAGGCGAAAUGUUUGAAGGGCCUGAAAAUAAACCAUCAGAAGUAGACCAGUCAGCAUUGCUAACACAGCAGUUGGAAAAUAUUUUGGAAUCUAGUCAAAAUGAUGACAGUUUUGUAACCGAUUUGAAUGAGUCGAAACCAUCUCCAACGCUCAGCUCUGGAAGAAUUUCCAAAACUAAAAAUCGUCGCAGAGCAAUGCUCCUUGGAAAAGCUGACCCUCUUAGUCCACUAGUAAAACCAGUAAUUAAUCUCAACGAUACUAUUGAGAGAAAUUUGAAUAAAUUAUUUGACGACAAUGUCAAUAAUAUGAAGGCGUACGAAACUGACGAAAUGAUGACACAACAGUUAAAGAGCAUUCUUCAAUCGCAAGAUGACCAUCAUAUGACAAACAAUGAAGAUAUUACAGUAACGAAAUCGCCAGUUUUGAGCAAGACUUGCGAGAAGAAGAAAAAUCGAUUAAGCCUGUCAGUGAAUCUUAAUGCUUCGUCGACUUCUAAGAAACAAGCAAAACAGCAAACACCAAAACCAUCAUGUGUGCAACCAAGUUCAAGCAAUAAAACUGUAGAGUUGCAAGAAGCCGACGAAUACUUAGCGAAUCUCAAAUCCAACAAAACACGCAACGCCACAGAUACUCUAUCCGAUGAAGAACGAAUCCAUUCUCAGUCAUCCACUGAUAACGAAAGGGAAAUCGUAUACAAGCGCGGAAUGAUAGGUUUCUCCUCUACGAUGCGACCAGUAAGUACCAAAGAACCAGUAGCGCUCUUAGAACUAAAAGGUAGAAGCUUUACAAGUGACAGUCAGUCUGACGGUGAUGAGUCCAGUAUCCUCGGCCAUACAAAACGCUUUAGUUUGAGUCUGUCAAAGCAUGUAGAUCUAAACUCGUCGCUGUCCUCGUUGAGCGAUCAAGAGGUAGGAAAAAAACUUACUGCAAAGCCAUCGACACUGUCGCUGAAGAGAACAGGUAAUAAACAUCCUUCUAGUUCUUCAAAUCACCCAAAGAGGGUACUCGCACGAGGAACUCGUGGCUUCACGAGCGAAUUGCAGCCGAUCGAGAGCGAAGAUCUUGUCUCAGCUGCGUCGACUGAGAGCGACGAGGAACUACGAAGCCUUCCCACCACCAGCAAAAAGGUCUGUACAACCAAACUUUAUCGUAAGGUAACCGUAAACUUAACUAAGCUCUCGCCGACGACGGUCGCCAAAAUAACGUCGAAAAUACCAACGAGUGAGAAGGGCUCGGACCCCGACAGCGAUGACAGUGAGUUUCUUAAAAGCAUGCCUUCCAUCAAAAUAGCCGGUACUGUGGAUUGUCCGCCGACGGAUUCACAGCUAGCCGCGCCUAGCGACCCCGAGGACGAUGACGACAGUCUUAAGGUCCCUUCGCCCGUAGAUAUUGUUAUACCGCCCAAGUGGAACUGGUAUCUCCAAAAACGUUACGAUCUUGUAUACAAGAAGAACGCAGUUAAAUCUCUUAAGAGGACUCCUAAAAAGGAUAAAGAUGAAAAUCAAUCAGAUUCACCUUCACUUCAGAAGCAUGAAGCCAAGAUAUUGAGCGUCGACGAGAUUCUAGCGGAGAUCGAUGCAAAUAGGCCUAUUGGCAGAAAACGCAUUUUGGUUACUCCGAAGCAACGCAGGACAAGAAGAAGAUCCGCAAGUGACUCAGAUGAGAACAACGUCGUCGAAAAGACCGUAAAUACGAGAUCGAAGCAGGCUCAAAGCUCAACUCAAGUCAAAGGGAAAACCAACAGUACACCAGACCAGUCACCGAAAUUUGACAUUGAAAUGGUGAAGGGAAACGAGAACAGCUCGUUCAGCAAAGCUCAGAGAGACAACAGCGACUCUGAGUCGGAGUCGAGCAUCAUACCUAAAUUCACGCCACUGCCACAAUUCAAUCUUAACGUGAACUAUGUCGAUUCCGAUUCAGACUCGGAGUUUGAGCAGAUGCGCCUGGCCUGCAAGCGUACUUUGGCAAAACCGAGCACCUAUGCUCCUCUAGUACGAAGCUCCAGAGGUGGCCGAAUACCGAGGGCGAAGCGGACCAGCGAGAAAACCUCCCCUGUUUUAACGAGACGACGGCAUCAAAGUGCGUUAAGCAAAUGCAAUUCACUGAACGUAACGCAUACCGACAACGAUCGAAAAGCCGAGAUCUUGUGCGAAGCUGGGACUGUUGAUCAAAGUGCCUUUGUUUUUCAGGAGGCCGGCGACAGUUCCAAAGCAGAAGGGGUGCCGAAAACAAUCCAGUCAAGGAUGUCAAGCCUGACGAUUAUUCGGACUAAACGCUCCGUGGCUUCGGACGUGGACGACGCGCAGAAUCGACCCCCCAAGCGCUCCAAAACUACACCUGUGGACGAGGAGCGCCCCAAGCUUCAGCAGCUUUCGGUACUUAUAUCCCCGCUAAGCAACAAACCCCUUGCAAAACGUUUCUUUGGUCGCUUUAACAUCCCUGAUGCUAACCAGUCGUCCAAUUUUAAACAGCCGGCUCCAGUCAGCGUCGCCGAUCCGGACAAGAAGAGGGUCAGUAAGGUGCCUAAGACACUGGACAGCUUCGUGGUCAAUUACAACUCAAAGAAUAUAACGGACUCGUCCGACACAUCGGCGAUCGAGAAUAGCGUUGUCGAGGAAACGCAGAAUGAGAAGAGCAAUAGAUCGCAAACUAGAGGCAGAGCUGCGGCGGCGAACAGAAAGAAAACGAAGCAUGAGGCGCUGACCGUACACAGUAACAAUUCUAGCAAAGAGAAUCUUGUGGUGGAGAAUUCCGACGUCGAAAGCGCUCCGUAUACGUCAAAAGCUCGAAAUAUAAGGCUAAAAAGAAACCUAAAUAUUACAGACCCAUCUGUAAUUAAAAAUAGUAGUAAGGAUGAAAUAUCAAAUAGCAGCGUCGAAAGUGAUAGUAAAACAAAAAAAAGAGGUCGAGCUACUCGACAAAAGAAAGCUAUGUCGGUAAAAGAGCCGGUCGUAACUAAAAAAGUAGCUACUAUUAUACAAGAUUCAGAUGCAGAAGAAUCAGAUGAAUCGGAAUUCCUUAAAAAGGAGUCUAAAAAUAAGUUAGUUGAGACUAUUAAAUCGUCUCAUUCGGGGAAAUCAAAUAAUUCAAAAGUUAUUGAAGCAGAAUCUCAAAAUGAAAAGGAAAAAGAUGUCGAACAAAUGAUUUCAGGCAAAUCGAAUAAAAGUGACGUUAAUGUUACUAAAAGUAAGCGAACUCGACGCGUUAAAGAAUCAGAUUUAGAAAAAAAGGAUAGCUCAUUGGAUGCUGUUAGUAAGAAAAUUAAUACUCGAACUAGGCGAGGCAUAAAAGUCGAUAAUUCAAGUUUAGAAGAGUCAAGUAGUUCUGACAGUGCAGCUACAAAGGGGAAUAAAAGUGAUCAAGAUAAAAAUGUGAAAGAAUCAGUUUUAGAAAAAUUUAAUGCUGAUGUUAAUAAAACAAGUAAAAAUAGACAAAUUAAACAAGCAGAUGCAAUCAAAAUUAAAUCCAACGUAGAAGAGUCACAUGAGGAUGAAGUGACAUUGGAUUCGGAUUUAGGAAUACCAGAUCCAUCAACUAAACCAAGUAGAAGUAGUCGCGCUACAAAAACAAAUGUCACUCUUAAUAAAGGAACAAGGAGUAGAAAAGCAAACGCGCGUGAUCAGUCGUCAGAUUCAGUAUUUUCAGAAAGCGAUGCUGAAAAAGAUAGAAACGUAUCUUUGGCAAAUAAAAGUAGUAGUUCUCGCCCAGUGAGACAAACAAGGGCGCGUAAGGCGUCUACAAACGUAAGCACGGUUGAUACUCCUUCGUCAGAAGAAUCGCAAGAAAUAGCCGAAAUCCUGCAAAACAGUAGCGGAGAAGAAGCAAACAGAAGUCGGAAACGUAAUGCACGCAGAGCAAAAAAUACCCCGAACAGUUCUGAAGACACCCAGGAUUCUGAAAGCAAUAACACCCAGGAAGAUAAUGUUUUUGAAAGACCAGUGAGUAGACCGAAGCGUGCUAGGCUCGUUAAAUCAACCAAAAAUAAGUCAUCGUCGCAAAACAAUUUACCCGUCGACGAAGAAAUAAGAACACGUUCGCCGCAGCAAUCCUCCACAUCUCAAAAAAGAACACCAAGUCCAAAUCUACCAGUUACACCUUCCCGAUCAACGCCAUCAAGAAACAGAAGAACAAUGUCUAUGUCACCUAUGAAAGGAGCUUCUUACAAAGUACUUUUCACCGGAGAGAGAUCUGAAGUUCAUCGUAAAAUUGUCGCCAAACUAGGCGGUUCGGAAAUGGAAGAUCCAGAAAAAUGUUCCAUUUUGGUAACCGAUAAAGUACGAAGAACAUACAAAUUUCUUUGUUGUCUGGCACAAGGAAUUCCUAUUGUUUCGGUGGCUUGGCUAAAUGACAGUGGAAAGGCUCACCGUUUUCUAAACUGGGAAAAUUAUGUUUUGCAAGAUCCGACUGCUGAAGCAAAGUUCAAGUUCAAACUGAAAGAAAGUUUAGAGAAAGCAUCAACUCACAGACUAUUGGAAGGAUAUACGGUGCUUAUAACGCCACGUAUCACCCAACCUCCAGUCGCUGAAUUAAAGGGUAUGGUAAUAUCCAGUGGAGGAAAGCCUCUUGUCAAACCUACAACAAAGUGGCAAGAAAAUACUGUUAUAAUUACAAAGGAAGAUGACUUACAAAAUGCGAAGAAAUUCAUGGCUAAAGCUCCAAAAUCAGUAACCAUGCACUCCACAGAAUUUAUCUUAACAGGAAUUCUAAGGCAAGAAUUAAGCCUAGAAGAAUUUAAAUUAACAGUUUAAAUAUAUCUAAAUGUUUGUAGAAUUGCCACAUAAUUUAUUAUCGUUAAUUGUACAUGUAAUCGAGUUUUAUUAAUUUUUUUCAAAUGAACUGAUCGCGUAUAGAUAUUUUUUUUACAAACAAAACAAAGAUAUUUUAUUGGACAAGGCAAAAAGAAUAACUUUAAUUUUGUUCAAAAAGUGGAGAUCAUUCAGGAAAUGAAAAGUGCACUUCGUAUAUUUUGUGAAGUUAAAAUAUGUAACAUGUCGGUAAUUUAUAUUAGACAUAAAUGUAUUGAAAUAUUUUUAUCUUGUAAUGUAAUUAUUUGUAAUUAUUAUUGUAUAUAAUAUAAUAUUCAGUUUUCUAUACAUAAACAUCACAUGUUUUUUUGACCCAUACAAUUUUAUUAAUUACUAAUGGACAUGUUUGUGUACUCUAAUCUAAUAAGAUAUACAGAUAUAUACCAUGUUUUAAGCUAUUAUUUUCUGACUUGGUUGCUGCAUUUGAUGUAUGAUAAUUACUUAAGGGUGUGUGUGUGUGUGUGUGUAACACAAAGGUGUCUGUGACAUUACCCUAACAAAUACGUUUUUGUGGAUGAAAAAAAAACGAGGCGAUUCUUUAGUGUACUUAUUUGGUUGUAAAGUGGGCUCAAUUUGCUCCUGCCUGCCGUUUUUCUAUAAAAAAAGACUUAAAGAUUGCAAAAAUUUAAUAUGCUUAUGCUGUCCAAACAAUUCAAAUCAACAUUCGAUCUUGAUACUUAACUUUGAAUUGUAUUGACAUUUUCAUAACACAGUUACCAUGUCCGUAUCGAUGACGACUUUAAAUGUUUUUUUACGGCUCAAGCGUCGAAAAUUUUGCAAUUUUCAAUGAUCUUUUAUCAUGAAACGGUAAGGAGGAGCGACGAGCCCACUUCCCAGCCAAAUAUAUGUACGCCAAAGAAUCACCUCACAUAUUUUUCAUCUCCAAAAACGCUUGAAUGACGCAGAUACCCUUGUUUUUUCCGUUUACUAUUAUAUAUAAAUUCAACAUGUAAUGUUGGUGUACACGGAAAAACCUGUGAGCUUGCAUCUACGCCAACUUUGGUGUUCAAUCGUCACCAUGAAUUUAGUACUACCGCGUUUCUGAUGCUUUGGGCGUGCUACGCGCCCAAAACACUAAUCUUGAACGUGCGAGAACGAAAGUCGUCUCCUUUGGGCGAGUACGGCGCCCAAAACAAGCGCGCCGCGAGUUUUUUUUUCGAGAUCGCGCUACUAAUCCACCAUUUGGCGCUGCGGUGCGGCGACAAAGGACUGCUCCACGCCCCAGGGCUUUUCCGUGUAGAGAUUAUUUUUACGAGUAUUAUUACCUAAGGGUUUGGUAAGAGGAUAAAAAAAUAACAUUAUUUAUUUCGCUUUUUUUGUACUUUUUUAAAUACUUUUUAUUCUGUGUCUCACUAUACACAUACUCGUCCUGAUAAUAGGAAACUUUAGUUGAUUUCAAUCAAGAUUUACAAAACCUUGAAUAAAUCUUAGAAAAAAAAGUUUCUAGCAAAACUAACAACAAUUUAUACCGAAGAGACACUAAUGAGAUUAAAAGUUAAAUUAAUGAUGAUUUUAAUGAUGAUUUACUUGAAGUUUAGCGACUUGAACUAUAAAUAUCGUAUAAAUAACGCGAUCCUAACGUGUAAUAAUGCUUGACGCGAGAAGAAUGCAAAA